AUGCCACAAAGAAAAGGAUUAUUAGCACCACAAAACACAUUUCUAGAUACUAUUGCGACAAGAUUUGAUGGAACACAUAGUAAUUUUGUAUUGGGCAAUGCACAAGUCCAUGAUUAUCCGAUUGUUUAUUGUUCCGAUGGUUUCGUGGAAUUAACUGGUUAUAAUCGAUCACAAAUUAUGUCCAAAUGUUGUUCAUGUAGUUUCUUGUGGGGUGAACGAACCGAUGAGAGCGCGAAACAAUCUAUAUUGAAUACAUUGAAAAAUAAGUGUGAAUUACAAAUUGAAAUACAAUUUCAUAAGAAAACAAAUGAAGCAUUUCUAUGUUUAUUGGACAUUGUACCAAUCAAAAAUGAUAAAUCACAAGUUGUAUUAUUUCUUGUAUCACAUAAAGAAUUAUCGCCUGAUCGACAUGGAAGAAAUAAAGCCAAUUGUAGUAUCCCAGAAUCAAGUUUAAAAGUACCUUACAUGUUAUCAGCACAACAUUUAACUGGUAUAACACCAACAAAUAAAACACCAAAUCUAUUAACUAUGGGACUUGCUACAACAAUUACAGCAGCAGUAUUAGGUUCAACUGGAUUUCGUAGUAAUAAACUAUUGGAUUAUUUAAGUACACGUACAAACAGCACAACAACUAAUCAAUCAACUACACCGACAAGUAAUUCCAUUACUACUUAUAAUAUUAAUAAUAAUAAAUUCGAUCGGACCACAUCGAUUGUAAAUAAAAGUUUCUCUGAUCGUGGUUCCAUUGACUCGAAUAAAUCACCAACAAAACAUUCAUCAACUAGCAGUAACAACACUGUGACUGCUACUACUACUAAUACUACUACUGCUACUACUACAACUACUACUACAGGUGUUAUUAUUAAUCCGAAACAAAAUAGUUUAUUAGAUAGAAUUGAUAUAGAGAGUGGUCCACUGAUAACGUCAGAAUACAAAAACACUAGUAAUAAUAAUAAUAAUAACAGUAAUAAAUCAUUGACUCCUACUCCCAAUCGACUUGUGGUUCAUGAAUCUGAAUCAACGGAUACAUCGAGUGAUGAUGACACGUCAAGUAAUUUAACAAGUGAUCCAUCAACAGUGUACAAAUUUCAACGAAGACGUAGUCGUGCUGUGCUGUAUCAUUUAUCUGGACGAUUUGAUCAUAAAUCUAAGCAUAAAUUACCAUUUAAAAAAUUUCAACGUAUUUCUGGUAAAGAAACUAUACCGGAAUAUAAAGUACAAGAUGUACAAGCAUCACGUUUUAUUUUAUUACAUUAUAGUUUAUUUAAAAUUAUUUGGGAUUGGAUGAUAUUACUGUGUACAUUUUAUAUUGCAAUCAUGGUCCCUUAUAAUGCAGCAUUUUCUCAGGGAGGUGAUGAAAAAGAUUUAAUUAUAUGUGAUAUUAUAGUGGAAUUAUUAUUUAUUAUAGAUAUUAUAUUAAACUUUUGGACUACAUAUGUUAGUAAAAGUGGACAAGUUGUAUAUCAUUUGAAAGCAAUUGCUAUAAAUUAUUUACGUGGUUGGUUCUUUCUUGAUUUACUCGCGGCUAUUCCAUUUGAUGUAAUUUUGGCUGUGAAUAAUCCUGAAAUACAAGGUACAAUUGGUGAAAUGGGUAAUUGGAUUCAUUUAUUGAAAUUGGCACGUUUACUUCGAUUGGCUAGAUUAUUUCAAAAAAUUGAACGUUAUUCUCAAUAUAGUACAGUAAUAUUGGGUUUAUUAAUGUGUAUGUUUUUUCUUGUUGCUCAUUGGUUCGCUUGUGGUUGGUAUUGUAUUGGUAAAGAGGAAUUUAAAUCGAAACUUACAAGAGAAUAUAGUUGGUUAUAUGAAUUAGGUGAACGUAUGCAAGUGAAUCGUUCAUAUACAACAACCAAUCGAACUAAUAAUGGUUUAACAAGACGUGCAUUAUAUGUUUCAAGUUUAUAUUUUACAACAACUAGUUUAACCAGUGUUGGAUUUGGUAAUGUUUCACCGAAUACAGUGAAUGAAAAAAUUUAUGCUGUGAUUACAAUGCUGAUUGGAGCUCUUAUGCAUGCAGCAGUAUUUGGUAAUGUAACAACAUUGAUUCAACGUAUGUAUUCACGACGUUCUGCAUAUCAAACAAAAAAUCAAGAUUUAAAAGAUUUCACCCGUGCUCAUCAUAUACCAAAACCGUUGAAACAACGUAUGUUAGAAUUUUUUCAAGCUAUGUGGGCUAUUAAUCGUGGUAUUGAUAAAGAGGCUAUUUUACAAUCAUUCCCUGAAAAUCUACGCGGUGAUAUUGCUUUACAUUUGAAUCGUGAAAUAUUAUCAUUGAGUUUAUUCAAAAGUGCAAGUCCUGGUUGUCGAAAAUGUUUAGCUCAAUUAAUUACAACACGUUUUGCUACACCUGGUGAAUAUCUUGUUAAUCAAGGUGAUGUAUUACGAUUUAUUUAUUUUGUGUGCAGUGGUUCGUUGGAAAUACUUGGUGAAGAAGGUACAGUUGUUGGAUUGUUAGGUAAAUGUGAUAUAUUCGGCAGUGAUAUGGAUGAAUUACCUAGAUUGGGCUAUUCAGCUUAUAAUGUCAAAUCAUUAACUUAUUGUGAAUUACAAUGUCUGGCAUUAGAUUAUCAAUUACAAGAGAUAUUUGAUCAAUAUCCACAAUUUCGUAAACAAUUUGCUAUAACAAUAUCAGAAGAAUUAUCAUUUAAUUUAAGAGCAGGAUUUGAUCCAACUUCAUCUUUAGAAGUUAUUCCAGCAAUCACUGUUACUACUGAUAAAAAUCUUCAUUCUGAAAGUCAAUCGGAUGAUAAUAGUUUAAAAUCUCACGAAAUAAAUCAUGAAGCAUGCUCUUUACUAACUGAUCCACAACAUCUAAAACAAGAUGAUAAACAAUCGCAUGAAAAUGAUCAACAUUCAAUAAUAAAAACAAAUACUAAUUUGAAAAAAGCAAAUUUCACUAAACAAAAUUCUAUCGAUUUAUAUGUAAAACAUUUUCCUAAAUCAAAUGAGUACAAUUCUGAAAUAAUAAAUCAUCAGUUAAACAACAAUUUAUCCAUUGAACAAUUGAAUGAACCAGAUAAAACAAACAAUCAUAGUAGUCAGGAAAAUAAAGAUAAAUUUUAUUUAAGCUUUCCAAUGAUGAUGAAUUCAUCAAAUUCUUUUCAAAAUUUUACUGAUUUGUCUAAAAUUAAAAUGUCAACAUUGAAUGUAUACCGAAAAAGCAAAUCAUUAGAUGAAAUGUAUAAAGUUGGAAAAUCAUUUGCAACUCAUUGUAAGAAGGAUCCAAUAUAUCAUACAACAGACAAUGCUUGUCCAAAUGAACAAUACAAUCAUCAAAUGAAUGAUAUAUUUUUACAAUCACCUAAUCAUAUUGUCAAUGCUGAUGAUAAUCAACACGAUUAUUAUAAUUAUUACUAUUAUCAAUAUCCUCAAUAUUAUUCUCAUUGUAUACAAGAUAGAUUAAUUAAACAAAAUCAAUUAAUUUCAACAGUCAGCGUCAAUUUACAACAAGCACAAAAUGAUAUCCUUAUCAUCAAAUCAGAAUUAACACAAAUCAAUCAAAAACUUGAUCGAAUACAUAAAGAUUUUAAUGAAUUAAUGAAAUGUUUGUUUAUAAGAAAUGAAAAUACAAUAAUUAGUAAAGAAUCAACUAAUUUGAAUAAUACCUCUCAUCAUUUUCAGCAUCAUUCUAAUAGUAAUAAUGAUAAUAUUGGUAUUAAUACUACUAAUAAUAAUAAUAGUAGUAAUAAUAAUCAUACUCAUAAACGAUUAAAAACGAUUUAUUCUGUUAUAGAAAAUGAUGCUGUUACAUCAACACAAACAAAUACGGAUCGUAUGAAUACUAGUAAUAAUAACAAUAAUAAUAAUAGUAAUAAUAAUAAUAAUAACAGUUGUAAUGUUAAACAACAUAACAAAGAAGAUUUACCUACAAUGAAAUCCACCACAUCGUCAAAUUCACGUCCAUGUUUACAUCAAUAUGGUAGAACACAUCCUCAUCAACAUCAACAUCAUCAUCAUCAUCAUCAUUAUUCACCGGAGAAUCGUGUUGUCACAUUCCAAUUACCACCACGUAAUCAUGAUUUUCGCAGUCAAAGUUUAACUAGUUCACGACAAAUAUCCCCUGAAACACCAAAAUCGAAUCCACUGAAACGAUUAUUAUUGCAUAAACAUCCAUCGAUAUCACAUGAUUUGAAUUGAAGUCAUAUAUUCUAACUAUUUACACACACACACACACACACACAUCUCUUCUUAUUUACUCAUUGACAAAGGUGUAAAGUUACCAAAAAUACAACAUUUGCUCAUUUCUCUCAACAUGUAAUUCUAACAUCAUUUGUAUUCUUUUUCUUACUGGAAUUUCCUUCUUACUUCUCUGAUUCAUGCAAAAAUAAAAUUGGAAAGAUAUCUAGCACCGAAAUCAUUUAAUUGGACUGUCAAUGUUCCAAAAUUUAUCUUUGUCGUGUGUAAAUGAGUGAACGGUAGACGGACUGUACCAAAAAACGAAGUAUACUUAUCAAAUUUGUAUAAUAAAAAAAUAAUGUCAAAAUUUUAACAAAACCCCAUUUUUUUUUCCUCAACUACAACGUAUUGUAUGUAGUACUACUUAUUACUUUAGAAAAACUCGGAGUUAUUUUUUACUAAUAAAAACAUUCUAUACUACUCUUCCCUUCCCUCCUAAAAGGACAAAGUAUACAGUACACGCAGUUUUUCUUGUUUCAGUCAGUCUAAAUGUUUACUGUAUUAACUAGAGAAUACCAAGAAAACAUAGAAUUACACAUUUAAAUAAAGAUGAAGAAUAUACUACUACUCAUAA